ACGCAUCCUGCGUCGUGAUCGUGAUGCGUGCUCUUCCGCGUGACGUAACGAUAUCGAUCGGUGUGAUGUGGACCAUGUGGAACAAAUUAUUGAUCAAAACAAUCCCUUCAAAGUUUGUGCAUGAAAUUCGCAAGUUUUCUGUGUCGAAAAUGGCCAAAAGUCGCUUUGAAUAUGUGAAAAGUUUCGAACAAUCUGAUACGCUGCUGAAAAACUGUUGGAUUGUGGUGCGCGUGGACGGAAAAGGCUUUCACAAGUUUUGCGACGUACAUGGAUUCGAUAAGCCGAAUGACAGGCGGGGGCUGAACCUCAUGAGCCUCGCUGCGGUGAACGUCAUGCUGGAGUUCAACGAGAUCGUUGUGGGGUAUGGACAAAGCGACGAGUACUCGUUCGUCUUCAAGCGGGACAGUACCGUCUACGAGAGGCGCCGGGACAAACUGGUCAGUUACGUGGCCAGUUUGUUCACUGCGGCGUACAUUUUCAACUGGCAAUACAUAUUCAAAGACUCACUACCAUUGAAAUAUCCGCCGGCGUUCGAUGCCCGAGCCGUGCUAUAUCCCACCGAUGAAAAUUUACGGGAUUAUUUGAGUUGGCGCCAGGCGGACGUCCAUAUAAACAAUCUGUACAACACCACUUUUUGGAAUCUCGUUGCGUCUGGGUUGACCAAUGCAGAGGCAGAAACACGUUUAAGGAAAACGUUGUCCAGCGAUAAGAACGAAAUACUGUUCAGCGAGUUCAACAUCAACUACAAUAACGAACCGGCCAUGUACCGGAAAGGUACCGUGCUUCUCAGGAAGAAGGUAACCGUGGCCGAUAACAAGUCGCUGUCGUUGAUAGUUCCCAUAUUCGACGACAUGAUCGGUGACAAGUUUUGGCAAACCCAUCCAGAGUUGCUGGACGGCAAGGCAAAAUCGAACGAUCCGUUCGACAUCGGUGCUGACAUCGAGCACGUGUUAGUUCAGUAUCAAAUCGAAAAGCAUAACAAGCGGAAAGAAGGCAUGAAGCGAAAACACGAAACAAGCUGAGAAGGUAAGUGCGUAUUUCAUUAUUUGUGACUUUGUGUUCACUGUGUCACUGCACAGAUUAAAGGUGUUUUUUUUAACAUUUCAAAACAAAUUA